AACGUGGUCAGUGGAUUCAACAGAUGCAAACAACGUUCACUUUACGAUACUUGAUAUGAUCAACACUAUACAGGCAUAUGUCAACCUAAAUGAUAAAAUGCGGAUGACACUAGCUGUAAAAACCGCGGAUAUUACAUCAUUCGCGAUCUAGCUAGUGAGUAGUAGCUGUGUUGUUGUCGUAUAGCUAACGUUAGUUUACGUCGCAGUACGGAGGAGUGGUUAGCUUGCCAGCUGGUGAUGGUGAAACAGGAGGAGCGGUGUGAAUGUAAUACAUUAAUCAUUAGCAAGCAAAUGUAGCUAGCUGGCUAGAUUAUCUCACUAGCUAGUCGUUCGCUAUCAACUGUCCUGUUGUUGUGAAUGAUACAUUACAACUGAGCUCUCUAGUCUAGUUAGCUAGGUAGGUUUGCCAUUCAUUGCUAUUAUUAUCAUCCAACGUGUCAGUAAGUGCAUUUAGGUCGUUUUGAUCGCUAGCACAGCUAUUGUUGACAAAUCGCAAGGAAAUGGUUUUGAGGAGCUGUUGUAAAUUUGGUCCCGUUUUAGUCUUGUUCCAGCUUGGUUAUGUGGCCCUGUUGUUGUUAUGUGUGACCCACUUGCGGUGCGCACGGGCAGAAACUAAAACGGUGGUCCAAAAGGAUGCAGAGUUUGACGUUACCUACAACGAUACAGUUACGAGUGACAACCAAACCAUCUACGCCUUCAAUCACACCGUCUCCCGAAACAAGACGGAGGGGGUCCGUGUGACUGUGGACAUACUGUCGGAGGGGGCAGAGAGCAGUCCCAUCCUGUUUGUGGUUAGACAGAAGCAGGCCGUGCUGUCCUUCCAGGUCCCCCUCAUACUGCGUGGACUGUACCAGAGGAAGUACCCCUAUGCCCAUGUGGGCCGAACGCUUUGCCAGCCCCCCACCCGCACCCUCAUCGAGACCCAGUACUUCUUUGUGGACGUGUCCACCCUGUCCAGCUUGGGCACCCACUACCAGCUGAGGAUCAGCCGCGUGGACAGCUUCACCCUGCAUACAGACAAAAAGUUCAGCUUCACUGCCUCACCAUCCCAACCCCAGUACUUCAAAUAUGUGUUCCCUGACGGAGUGGACACGGCCAUCGUCAAGGUCAACUCUGAGAUGACCUUCCCGUGCUCUGUCAUGUCCAUCCAGGACAUCCAGUGCCCAGUGUAUGACUUGGAUAACAACGUCGCCUUCAUUGGAAUGUAUCAAACCAUGACCAAGACAGCUGCCAUCACUGUCCAGAGGAAGGACUUCCCCAGUAACAGUUUCUAUGUGGUGGUGGUGGUGAAGACGGAGGACGAGGCAUGUGGGGGUCCCCUGCGCUUUUACCCCCUCCGUCCAGAUGAACUCAUUGAUGCCGGCAACCGCAGUAAAACUCUGGACGUGGUCGUCUCGCCCGCCAUCAGCUCGGAUGUGUACGUGAUGGGCAUGCUGUUCUGCCUGGGCAUCUUCCUCUCCUUCUACCUGCUCACCUUCCUGGUGGCCUGUGUGGAGAACAAGAGGAUGCACAGGAGGAGGGAGGGGCUUCUGAACCCAGCGGACAUGUCGCCUGCGGAGACAGGAAAGCCAGGUGUGACUCCAGUCUCCCCCUAUGAAUAUGGCUCCUUUGCGGACAACGCCAGCACGUUGAGCUCAGAGGCCAUCACAGACAGCAUAGCAUCAGAUACCAACUACGGAUACAUGGAGCGUUCGUUGGAGAGCGUAGCGGGUCGUAGUCGACAGGAGUCUCUGAGCUCAAUAGAGGAGGAUGACUAUGACACGUUGGCCGACAUCGACUCGGACAAGAACAUCGUCCGUACCAAGAAGUACCUGUGUGUGUCGGACCUCGCUCGCAAGGACAAGAGGGUUCUGAGUAAAAAGUACCAGAUCUAUUUCUGGAAUAUUGCCACCAUAGGUGUGUUCUACGCCCUCCCUGUCAUCCAGCUGGUCAUCACUUAUCAAACGGUUGUCAACGUGACAGGAAAUCAGGACAUCUGCUACUACAACUUCCUGUGUGCACACCCCCUGGGGAAUCUGAGUGCCUUCAACAACAUACUGAGUAACCUUGGUUACGUGAUGCUGGGCCUCCUCUUCUUGCUCAUCGUGCUGCAGAGAGACAUCAUCCACAGCAGAGCGUUGGACCGCAACGACCUCAACGCACUGGAGUGUGGCAUCCCUAAGCACUUUGGGCUGUUCUACGCCAUGGGCACAGCUCUGAUGAUGGAGGGGCUGCUGAGUGCCUGCUACCACGUUUGCCCCAACUACACCAACUUCCAGUUCGACACCUCCUUCAUGUAUAUGAUCGCUGGGCUGUGUGUGUUAAAACUGUACCAGAAGAGACACCCAGAUAUCAAUGCCAGCGCUUACACUGCCUACGCCUGUCUGGCUGCUGUCAUCUUCUUCUCUGUGCUAGGAGUGGUGUUUGGGAAGGGCAACAUGGUGUUCUGGAUCGUCUUCUCUGUCCUCCACAUCCUGGCCACCAUGCUGCUCAGCACCCAGCUCUACUACAUGGGUCGCUGGAGACUGGAUUCUGGCAUCCUGCGCAGGAUUGUGUAUGUGAUCUACACUGACUGUAUCCGCCAGUGCAGUGGCCCCAUGUAUAUUGACCGAAUGGUUCUGCUAGUGAUGGGAAACAUAGUGAACUGGUCUCUGGCUGCCUAUGGGCUAUUAAAGACACCCAAUGACUUUGCCUCUUACCUGCUGGCCAUCGCCAUCUGCAACCUGCUACUCUACUUUGCCUUCUACAUCAUCAUGAAGCUCCGCAGUGGUGAGAGGAUCCAGUGCAUGGCCAUGUUGUGUAUCCUCUUCACGGCCGUGGUGUGGGGCUUCGCUCUCUUCUUCUUCUUCCAGGGCCUCAGUACCUGGCAGAAAACCCCUGCCGAGUCCCGGGAACACAACCGUGAUUGCAUCGUGCUCUCCUUCUUCGACGACCACGACAUCUGGCACUUCCUGUCCUCCAUUGCCAUGUUUGGUUCCUUCCUGGUUCUCCUCACCAUGGAUGAUGACUUGGACGACGUCCAGAGAGACAAGAUUUUCGUCUUCUGAAAAAGCAACUCUCUGGCUCUGCCUUAACGUUUCUUGCUGGCCAGUAGUGACACAGUGGCAACUGAGACACCCAAUGGCAUGUCUCCCUGACUGCAGGCGGGCUGGGCAUCUCAACCAAUCAAAGAGCUGGGAAAGGACGGUGCACCCUCCCCAGAGUUGGAAUCUGUAUGGACACUUGGCGUGCCAAUCAAUGAGUCUUGUUCACCAGUACAUGCUGACAUUUCUCCUUACUGCCAUCCAAUAUUACUGUGGUCGUUGUGUUUUCUUAUUGCAUUUAAACGUGUAUAGUGUGUGUGCGCCUGUGUAUAUAUGAUUGUGUGGGGGAGAGUGAGAACACUCUAUGUCCAGUCUGUCUGUGGCCUUUAAUGUUCUGAUCAUGUGCGUGGUUUGUAUUUCUAUGGCUGUCUGAUACUGGAUGGAUCUGUCCCAGAGAGAUAUCAACGAUUGUAUUUUAAUUACUAACUACGUCCUUAGCUGGUGAGGAAAAUUUGCACUGUAGGAUAAGAACUUGGGACUAUGUGACUACUGAAUAAAGUUUGUGUCCACGAUGAUAAAG